GCAGUUUCUGACUCCUAGCUUUCUCAACUGAAGAUGUGGCGCAGCAUAGACGCCCACUUGAAGACCAUCCGCCACGCCCCCUUCCGCACAAUCCUUUCCCACGCAAUUCCGAAGCAGAAGCCGCCGCUUCCAGUUCCACUAUCAUCGCAGCUGCGCUCUCUCUCCAAAACCCUAGUUCUCUCUCCUUUGUCUGUUACCGCUUUUACCACAACCCGGAAGGUUGACCCGGAUUUUGGUUCUCUGAUAGUGGUAAGGUGCAUUUCUGCUUUUUCUACUACUUCUUCAGCUCAACAGCAGCACGCCGUGGACUGGAAUGAAACGGUGUCGUGCUCGGAGGUUGGAGAUGGUAAUUAUGGCAGCUUGGAGGAGGACAAUAAGCCUUCUAUUCAUGUUCGAGCUUAUUUCUUCUCUACUAGUGUGGAUUUGAAAAGCUUAGUGGAACAGAACAGGCAGAAUUUUAUCCCGCCAACAUCACGUAUGACUAACUAUGUUGUUCUUAAGUUCGGUGAUCAUUCCAGUCCAAAUGUAAGUUAA